UGGGAGAGAGAGCGGAGCGGACAGGCAGCACAGCCUCGGUAUGUAGUAGCUGAGGCUGGACUUUUACAAAAAGAGGGGAAAACGACUUAUAGGAAGCCAAAAAACAGCAGCUAGAUUUUAUAUACGAACCUUGUAAGGAUGAGACAAACGCCGUCUGCCUAAAGGAGACGAAACACGCCGUUAUUCAGCUCAUUUAUCAUCGUUUGGACGAAAAAAUGGCGAAUGACUCUCCGGCCAAAAGUCUGGUGGACAUAGACCUGGCAUCUCUGAGGGACCCUGCUGGGAUUUUUGAGCUGGUGGAAGUAGUCGGGAAUGGCACAUAUGGACAAGUCUACAAGGGUCGACAUGUCAAGACGGGACAACUGGCGGCCAUCAAGGUCAUGGACGUCACCGAGGAUGAAGAGGAGGAAAUUAAGCUGGAAAUCAACAUGCUGAAGAAGUAUUCCCACCACAGAAACAUAGCCACAUACUAUGGAGCCUUCAUCAAGAAAAGUCCACCAGGCCAUGAUGACCAACUCUGGCUGGUGAUGGAGUUCUGUGGUGCCGGCUCCAUCACAGAUCUGGUGAAGAAUACCAAAGGUAACACACUGAAAGAGGACUGGAUAGCUUACAUCUCCAGAGAGAUCCUCAGGGGAUUAGCUCACCUGCAUGCUCAUCAUGUCAUCCACCGUGACAUCAAGGGACAAAACGUGCUGCUGACUGAAAACGCAGAAGUCAAGUUGGUGGAUUUUGGUGUGAGUGCUCAGCUGGACCGGACAGUCGGUCGGAGGAACACCUUCAUUGGAACACCAUAUUGGAUGGCUCCGGAGGUUAUAGCCUGUGAUGAAAAUCCUGAUGCUACAUAUGACUACAGGAGUGAUCUGUGGUCCUGUGGAAUCACAGCCAUUGAGAUGGCUGAAGGAGCUCCCCCCCUGUGUGACAUGCAUCCAAUGAGAGCUCUCUUCCUCAUUCCCAGAAACCCUCCACCUCGACUGAAGUCCAAAAAAUGGUCCAAAAAGUUUUUCAGUUUCAUUGAGGGCUGCCUGGUGAAGAACUACACCCAGCGUCCUCCCACAGAUCAGCUUCUGAAACACCCGUUCAUCCGGGACCAGCCCAACGAGAGGCAGGUCCGCAUCCAGCUCAAAGACCACAUCGACAGAACCAAGAAAAAGAGGGGCGAGAAAGAUGAGACCGAGUAUGAAUACAGUGGCAGCGAGGAAGAGGAAGAAGAGGCUUCUGAGCAAGAAGGAGAGCCAAGCUCCAUAGUCAACGUGCCAGGCGAGUCAACUCUGCGACGGGACUUCAUUCGGCUGCAGCAGGAGAACAAGGAGCGCUCCGAGGCCCUGCGCCGCCAGCAGCUCCUCCAGGAGCAGCAGCUCCGUGAACAGGAGGAGUACAAGCGGCAGCUGCUGGCUGAGAGGCAGAAACGAAUCGAGCAGCAGAAAGAGCAGAGGAGGCGGCUGGAGGAGCAACAACGCCGUGAGCGUGAGAUGAGGAGGCAGCAGGAGCGCGAGCAGCGCCGCCGUGAGCAGGAGGAGAAGAGACGCAUCGAGGAGAUGGAGCGACGGCGCAAAGAGGAGGAGGAGCGCAGGAGAGCAGAGGAAGAGAAGAGGAGGGCCGAUCGAGAGCAGGAGUAUAUUCGCCGUCAGCUGGAGGAGGAGCAGAGGCACCUGGAGCUCCUCCAGCAGCAGCUCCUCCAUGAGCAGGCCAUGCUGCUGGAGUAUAAAUGGCGGGAGCUUGAGGAGCAGCGGCAGGCCCAGAAGCUCCAGAAGCAGCUGCAGCAGGAGCAGGCCUACCUGCUGUCACUCCAGCAGAACCAGAACCAGAACCAGAACCUGGACAGUAACAAAACAGCCCAUCAUCAAAGCACUAAACUCUCACAGGGACUCAAACCAGAAAGAGUAAAACCCCUGAAAACUGAAUCGGAUGCGCCGAAACAACCUCCCAGCACUGACUUUGAGAAAACACGAGCCAGUCCGGUUUCCAGUCUGGAAAAGCCCACAGAGCCCAAGCUUCCUGUAGCUGACCUCCACGGCCCAGCGUCUGACUGUGAGCCGGUCCGAGAGGCUGAUGAGCGAUAUCGGAAGAACAUCCAGGGUUCUCCUCAGGCCGCUCAGACCAAACCCCAGCAGCCUCCAGUGCCGCCGCGCUCCGAGUCCUCACACCCCAAUGGGAACUCGGCAUCGGAGGCGCCCGCCAUGCACCGGCCUGUCGAACCACAGGUUCGCUCUCACCUGGCUGCUCUAAAGAGCAGCAGCAGCAUGGCCCCGCCAAACUCAUCCCCAUCAGCUCCGCCUGUUGUAUCUCGGUCGCAGUCCUUCAGCGAGCCACUCACACCUAGCUUUGAAAAUCUCCACCUGCACAAAAGCCACAAAUCCCACCAACACCAUCAGCCUCCAUCCUCAUCCUCAUCAGCAUCAUCAUCAACGCCUGCACGCACUGACCCACAAACCCACCAUCAGUCCAGACCUUUGCCUCAUGAAAAGACCCCUUCAGAGGAGGUCCUGCCCCGGGUUCCUGUCAGGACUACUUCCAGGUCGCCAGUGUUGCCAAGGCGAGACUCGCCUCAUCACCACGGCAACACCCCUCAGAACAGGGAUGUGAUGCAUCGAAGCGCUGCCAGUUCAGCAGAGCCUCGACUCCUGUGGGAACGAGUGGAGAAACUGGUUCCCAGAUCAGCCAGUAACAGUGGCAGUGGAGGCUCCAGCUCCUCCAGCAGCUCCAGUAACUCCAGCUCUCAGCCCAGUUCUCACUGUGGCUCUGGAGAGAGGUUCAGGGCCCGCUCUUCUUCCAAAUCGGAGGGUUCACCCCUCCAACGACCAGAGCAUGCUGGGAAAAAACCUGAAGAGAGGAAGGACUUGGUCAGGCCAAGCAGACCAGCGGACCUAACAGCUCUGGCCAAAGAACUGCGUGCAGUGGAUGAUGUUCGUCCCCAGAACAAGGUGACCGAUUACUCUUCCUCCAGUGAAGACUCUGACACCACAGAUGAGGAUGAUGAUGAAGAGGUGGACCAGGAGGCAGGGGAAGAGUCAACUUCUGGCCCAGAAGAUUCCAAAGCUGUUUCUUCCAAGCUGAGUAACGGCGAGACGGAGUCUGUGAAAACUAUGAUCGUUCACGAUGAGGGCGAAAACAACUCAGGGACAACUCCGUGCAAAGACAGUACGCUGGUUGUCAGACAGAGUACAGGUGACAGCAGAAAGCAUGCAGCCCCCGCUUCGGGCCAAACGCAGACCCUCGGCCUGAUUACAGGCUUUGCCUCGAGCCCUGGCUUGGUGUCGGGGCAAGGCCUCACUCAUCACACCCCCAGCCCCCACCACCAUAACCAUCAUCGACAUCAUCACCCCAGCACACAGCACUCGGACCGGAACGGCUUUGCUGGUCGUAUCCACCACCUCCCAGACCUGAUCCAGCAAAGCCACCAUUCCUCCCCUCCAUCCUCCUCCUCUGCAUCCAGCUCCCCUUCCUCUUCCAACUUUGCCAGCCCUACCACCAUGUCCCCUCAGAGUCCCCUGGAAAAGCUUGGCAUCCUCAUAGAGAGUCAGUCUAGUAACAACAUGCAGAAACACAAAUCUUCUUCCUCCUUCACACCGUUCAUCGACCCACGCCUCCUGCAAGUCUCUCCAUCCACUGGCAGCGCCCUCAAUAAUGUUGGCUACGCCAACGACGCCCGGCUGGCGGAGGCUCUGAGAGCAGACCCGUCCCGAAAAGGCUCAGUGGUCAACGUUAACCCCGUCAACACUCGGCCUCAGAGCGACACACCAGAGAUCCGCAAGUACAAGAAGAGGUUCAACUCGGAGAUCCUGUGUGCCGCACUCUGGGGAGUGAACCUGUUGGUGGGAACAGAGAGCGGCCUGAUGCUGUUGGAUCGCAGCGGUCAGGGGAAAGUUUACCCUCUGAUCAACCGACGGCGCUUCCAGCAGAUGGAUGUCCUGGAGGGACUCAACGUCCUCGUCACUAUAUCAGGUAAAAAGAACAAGCUCCGAGUGUACUACCUGUCCUGGCUGAGGAACAAGAUCCUGCACAACGACCCAGAAGUGGAGAAGAAACAGGGUUGGACCACAGUAGGAGAUCUGGAAGGCGCUGUUCAUUACAAAGUUGUGAAAUAUGAGAGGAUCAAGUUCUUGGUUUUGGCUCUGAAGAACUCUGUGGAGGUCUAUGCCUGGGCCCCCAAACCCUACCACAAAUUCAUGGCAUUCAAGUCUUUCGGUGAUCUGGUGCACAAGCCCCUGCUGGUUGAUCUGACGGUGGAGGAGGGCCAAAGGUUAAAGGUCAUCUAUGGCUCAUGCAAUGGCUUUCAUGCUGUCGAUGUGGACUCUGGGGCGGUGUACGACAUCUACCUGCCGACUCAUAUUCAGACCAACAUCCAGCCUCACGCUAUCAUCAUCCUGCCCAACACUGACGGCAUUGAACUGCUGGUGUGCUACGAGGACGAGGGCGUUUAUGUCAACACGUAUGGUCGCAUCACCAAGGAUGUGGUGCUGCAGUGGGGGGAGAUGCCCACCUCAGUGGCCUACAUUCGCUCCAAUCAGAUUAUGGGAUGGGGUGAGAAGGCCAUAGAGAUCCGCUCGGUGGAGACGGGCCAUCUUGAUGGAGUCUUCAUGCACAAGAGAGCCCAGAGGCUCAAGUUCCUUUGUGAAAGAAACGACAAGGUGUUUUUCGCCUCUGUUCGGGCCGGAGGCUCCAGUCAGGUUUACUUUAUGACUUUGGGUCGAAGCAACCUGCUCAGCUGGUAGAGGUCCACGCCCCACCCUCCUCUUCCUCCUUCAACUCGUCCUUCUCAUUGUAACCCCCCACCUCACUAACACUGGAUCUCAGAACCCACCUGUGAUGUUUUGUCAACCGUCAGCAACAGAGAACCUACACAGCAGCCACCCAGCCCUCUGACGCAGCAGGUCCAGUUUGUUGCCACUGAGCUGAAACCUGCAACAACCAAACCAGUCCAAACCAGUCCAAGCACUGAAACACCUGAAGACUUGUGUAGAAAAUGAAACGGUUUGUGUAUUCUAGAAAAGAAAACAAAUGUGAAUCCAAGAAAGGACGGCAGACGGCGUUUGGUUUUCUGGCGCUGGUCGGCUCAGUUUUGUAUCUUUCACGUUCUGUUGUCACCAGCUGCUCACUGAGCUCCAGGUCUUCAUGCUCGUUUCAUUUCUUCUCCUUUCUGCAGGUCUGCCUUUUUACAGAGCUCAGCUUCUCACCCUCUGUUUGUUUGUUUCCUGAACGAGUCAGUGUUGUAUUAACGCAGGUUAGAGCCGAGCCAGCGGAGGGGAAUUAUAAGUCCUGGUGCCAGCGGGGCGAGCAGGACUUCAUGUCAAGACUGGGUGAUUGGAAGGACAUAGCAAGGAGGUGGAUCCACGAAGGGAAACAGAGACAGGUGCUUUACGAAGAAAGAAAGAUUUAAAAUUAGUAUUUUAUUUUUAUUGUUAUUAUUCCUUGAAGAAAAGUGUGAUCAUGUGACGCUUUUAUUUUUAAACAUUUCCACCAACAGUUUGCCUGCUUUUAUUCUGAAAGAGCCAGUUGUAUUUUAAAGAGUGCGUGUGGAUUGGAUCCUAGAAGUGAAAUAAAAGCAGUGUGUCCGUGUACAGUAACACCCCCACCACCACUCACACCCUCAGCUGUCAAUCCUGACAGGUCAGCUCUCAAACUCGAGCUGCUGUGAAUAGUUAGAUAUUUGGAAAUAAUGUGAUAAUGGAGCUGGAAUUGUAGAGAAGGACUUUAGCAUGUGAGUGUGUGUUUAGGUGUGUGCGUGGUUGGAGAGUGGUGCGGUGGCAGAGUGGUACACCCACGGCCGGCAGGUUUGUUUCAGCACAGGAGGCGGACUUUUCUUCCAUUUUUCCGUCUUUCAGCUCACCUUUGGUUUCUGUUUGUACGUAACUAUUGCACUAAGAGUCCAGAAUGUAGGAAGACAUGAACUGCUCCGUGGUCCAAGGCACGAGACAAUGUUUGAGUUCAUGUUCUGCUUUGUGUCUCGUCACAUUCAGUUUCCAGCUGAGAUGAUUCAAAGCUGCAACAGUGGAGUCUGUGUCAGCUCUAGAGUUUUCCCUUUUCUGCAACGUGUGUGGAAGCAAGCCGGUCGUGCUUCAGGCACUUUGAGAAUCUCGCUUGCUUUUAUGUUUAUGUGAAAGCUGAAAACGUUUCAUUCAUAAGUCGUACCCAGUAUUUCUGCGAUGACGUGUUCCUCAAACCAGCAACACGGAGCAGAGCUUUCCCACACUCAGCUGUUUUUUUAUAAACCUGAAUGCAAACACCUUUUUUUUCUCAGACAGAAGUUCAUUAUUUGUAUUUCAUUUUAUCCCUGCUCCAUUUUUGGAGCGUUCAUCUCCUUCAGCUGGAUGUUCCUACGUUUCCAUAGACUCUCAAAGAUUGUACAUGUUCAUCCAAAACAGGGAGCAGAGGAGAAUCUGAUCAGUGACUUCAUGUCGAAGCAUGUUUUUCAU